CAAGGGUGAUUCUUGGAUUAAUUCGGGCACCGGAUUUAUUCUCCAGUUCAGGGCAUUGAAAAAUGUCUUAUAAUCGACUUGUUCUUCACUGUCUUCAAACCUGAAAAUAUAAUUAUAGUAUAUAAUUUGAUCCAAACUGCAGAAUUCAGGACUAAAAUGUCAGUUCAAAUGCUACCUUGAAAACAUAAUGUCAGGGAUGUUUCAAUAUCUGAUAUUUUCUUAUUUAUUAUUAGAUGGAGUUAAUACUCAGAAAGAUUCAAAGGAGAGAACAUGGGUCGAGUUCCCUGCAUGGUGCCCAACACAUGCCCAAGCCUAUGAGCUGUGGUGAGUCCUGUCAUCACAGCGGUUGCUAUUUAAAGCAUCUAACACUGGUCUUGCACAGCAGGUGCUCAAUAAAUGCCCUCUUUGAAAUUAAAUAAACCUGGGCUCAAAUUCUGGCCCUGGGGCCUUGAACACAUCACUUUCUCCGCCUGAGCCUUGGUUUGCCCAUCUGAAAAAUGGGCUCGCAUGGGCAAUGGGCAGGCACGACACCCAGCAGAGCCGAAGACUGAGUGGCCAGGAUGGUAUGUGCUGGGUGGAGUGUUCUUACCUCGAUGGGGUGUCCAUGUCCUUGCUCCCUGGCAAGUAAGCUGGUCAACCUGCCCUUCAGAUUGUGACACCCCUCCCCCACCAUGACCUCACCCCCAGAGUGGCCAGUGGAACCCUGAGGGGUUUGUGAGGUCACCCCAUUCCGCUCCACAAAUACUCAUCGGGCAGCAGCCACUGGCUGGUUUCUGUCCCUGGGAAGCUUCUGGGACCCUGAGACUCAGGAGCUGUGGUCAGAAAGACACUCCUGAGAGGGACACGGAGCAUUGGGAAGCAAGGACACUCCAAGUGCUGAGCCUGAGAGGCCAGAACCAGGUGGGACAGUCUUGUGGGUGUGCGGAGUUUCAUUCAGCAGUUCCAGGAGGCCCAGUGUCACCAGGCCACCAUGGUCCGUGGCUGGCUAUUGCUCCUGGUGGUGGCUCUGCCCCAACUCGCGACAGGCGCCAAGGAGUGCGUCUUCUGUGAUCUGACCGACUCCUCGGACUGCGCUGGCAUCCCCAUGACCUGUGGCGACGACGAGGAGUGCUUCAUUGGCGAAGGAACAGCCCCCGGCCUCAGCAACGUCAUCAACAAAGGCUGCAUGGAAACCACCUCAUGCGGCAAUGAGGAGGCUGUCACCUACCAGGGCGCCACCUACAGCCUCAUCUCCACCUGCUGCGAUGGUGAACUGUGUAACAGGGCCCCCAUCCCCGCAGGCAGCCUGAAGGCGGGGGCCACCACCGGCCUGGCACUGGGCGUGCAGCUGCUGCUUCACUGA